AUGCUUGAGCUCUGUGUUCCAAAUCCUUGCAGAAACGGCGGAACGUGCAAGGUGAAACAGGGAAAAGAGAUUUGUGAGUGUCCAGAGAUUUUUGUUGGAAAACACUGCGAAACAAAACUUUGCGACCCAAAUUCUUGCAAAAAUGGAGGAACCUGUGUAGGGAAAGAUGGAAAAGAGUCUUGUGAGUGUCCAGAUAUUUUUAUUGGAAAGCACUGCGAGACAAAGCUCUGUGACCCAAAUCCUUGCAAAAACGGCGGAACGUGUAAGAUGAAACAGGGGAAAGAGAUUUGUGUGUGUCCAGAGAUUCUCAUUGGAAAACACUGCGAAACAAAUCUAAAUCAUUGCAAAAACGGAGGAACAUUUGUAGAGAAAGACGGAAAGGAGUCUUGUGAGUGUCCAGAUAAUUUUAUUGGAGAACAAUGCGAGACAGAACUAUGCAUCCAGAAUCCUUGCAGAAAUGGAGGAACAUGUAUGGUCAACGACCGAAAGGAGUUUUGUAAGUGCCCAAGCUCUUUUAUUGGAAAAAAUUGCGAGACAGAACUUUGUGCUCCAAAUCCUUGCAGAAACGGAGGAACUUGUGCAGUGAAAGAUGGAGAAGAAUUUUGCAAAUGCCCAGAGACUUUUAUUGGAAACACUUGUGAAACAG